AUCUUCCUAGAGCAGCAUCUGACUGCAACAGCUGUUCAUAAUACCUCAAAACAUGGCAUUUCAGGCUGUAAGACUAGCACUGUGCAUUACGCUGCUGCGCCUGCCUUCCUCUUUUGCUGUUCUCCGGGACAUCGUUGAUGCCUAUGACUACGUAGAGGCAGAUUAUGAUCUACAUUACACAUAUGAGUAUGAUUAUGAGCCGGCAGAACCAGACAGCAUUGACUGGCUAUAUGAUCUUGUAGGCACUGAAGAGGGAUGUGAUCCAAAUCCUUGUCAGAACAAUGGCGUCUGCGAAGCAAGAAGAGGAAGAUACAAGUGUCACUGCCCUGAACCCUUUUCAGGAAGGAACUGCCAUAAAGUAAAUGGCGUGUGCAAAAAGGCUAAAUGCGGAAAAGGAGAAUGUGUUAUCACUUCAACUCCACCAUAUUACCGUUGUAAAUGCAGAUACCCUUUUCAGCCUCCAAACUGCAAAAAACUACGCCCAGAUCCAGUUCUAGAGGAACUUCCCAAAGAUUCACCGAAGGGACCAUCCACUGCAGCCCCCUCGGAGAUGUUUGCUACCUGUGGCAUUGCAGAGCCCAAGGCAGCUCGGUACAGGAUCUAUGGAGGAAUAAAGGCCAUUCCUGGAGCACACCCAUGGCAGGCAUCCAUUCAAACCAAGCACCCAAACAACAUCGCUCGUCACUAUUGUGGGGGGAUCUUAAUCAAGCCGUGCUGGGUUUUAACUGCAGCGCACUGUGUGGUAGGAACUGCAUCCCGAGUGCAAGUUGUACUGGGGGGUCAAGAUUUACAAAAAAAUGAGCCUGAAGAUCAGACCUUUGACGUUGAGAAGUCCAUCGUUCAUGAAAACUACAGAAAUACAGGGAAGGUCUUGUAUAAUGAUAUUGCUUUGCUUAAACUGAAGCCAGUUGGUGGUCAGUGUGCCAAGGAGACGAGGUAUGUGAAGACUGCCUGCUUACCGGACUCCCCGUUUGCUGAUGGCACAGAGUGCAGCAUUUCAGGAUGGGGAUCGACAGAAACAACUGUCAUUUCCAACCAGCUGCUGAGUGCUAAGGUGCUACUGAUCUCUCAGGAGCGGUGUAAGAACAGAAACGUGUAUGGGAGCUUAUUGGAUAACAGCAUGUUUUGUGCUGGAAACUUGGAGGGUGGACCUGACUCCUGCCAGGGUGACUCCGGUGGACCAUUGACCUGCAAGAGAGAUGGGAAGCACUAUGCCUAUGGAAUAGUGAGCUGGGGAGACCAGUGUGGCCUGAAAAAUAAACCUGGAGUUUAUGCCAGAGUCACUGAAUUCGUUGACUGGAUCAAUUCAAAAGUGAAUUAGUUGCUGCAUUCUCAGAUUACAGCUACAUGGCCAAUUCUCGUCUCAUCUCAUGUCUGAUUUACUGUGUUGUACACAAUGAAAUGCCUUUAUUAUAAGAGACAUAAUUUUCCACACGCUCUUGAUAACUAUUAUGUGAAAAUCUGGAAUAAAUACUAUAUUUGA